GACGUCCUCCCAUUCUAAUCGCGCAUUGCGUGGCUCCCGGAGCGUGGUGAUGGGCGGUGUGCUUUGUUCCUUGGACACAGCGGAUCACCGAUCCACGGAAAGAGCCGAAGAUGUCGGCUCGGACAUGUGAUCAGCUGUGUCCAAUCACAGCUGAUCACAUGUAAACAGGGAAAUGCCAGUUAUCGGCAUUUCUCUCCCCACUAGCUGUCACGCUGACAGCUUCAGCGCCACCUGUCAGUGUCCAUUAGUGCCAGCUCUCAGUGCUCACCCAUGCCACCUGCCAGUGCCCAUCAGUGCCACAUUUCAGUGCCCAUCUGAGCUGCCUUUCAGUGUCACCCAUCAGUGCCAGUCAGUGCCACCUAUCAAUACCUGUCAGUGCCACCUAUCAGUGGUGCCAGUCAGUGCCACCUAUCAGUACCAGUCAGUGCUGCGUAUCAGUGUGUAUCAGUGCCACCUAUCAGUGCCCGUCAGUGCUGCCUAUCAGUGCCACCUAACAGUGCCAGUCAGUGCCACCUAUCAGUGCCAUAUAUGAGUGCUGCCUUUCAGUGUCCAUCAGUGAUGCCUGCCAAUGCCCAUCAGUGCCACCUACCAGUGCCUCCUCAUCAGUG